CUCAAAUUAUAAGAAAGCUGGGCUGAUGCUGCAAGUUAAGAAGCCCAAUUUGUUUUGGACUCCUUGUGCUGCACACUGCAUUGAUUUGAUGCUUGAGGAUGUUGGUAAAAUACCAAUGGUCAAGGAAGCUAUCAAAAAAUCAAUAUCUUUGACUGGUUUUAUUUACAGUAAAACCGGUGUGCUGAAUAUGAUGAGAAAGUAUACAAGCAAGAGGGAAUUGCUUAGGCCGGCCACCACUAGAUUUGCCACUUCCUUCAUCACCCUGAGGUCCAUCCAUAACCAACGGCAAAACCUCAGAAAGAUGUUCACUAGUGAUGAAUGGAGAAAUAGCCAAUGGUAUAAAGAGAUACCCAGCAAAAAUGCAACAGCUACUGUCCUCAAUGACAAUUACUGGAGGCAUGUUGUCUACGCUCUCAAAUUGACCGGUCCUCUUGUUAAAGUGUUGAGGAUGGUUGAUGCCGAGCGUAAGCCUGCAAUGGGUUACAUUUACGAGGCUAUGGAUCGGUGCAAAGAAGCCAUUUCCAGUGUAUUCAAUGGAAGAGAAGAGAAGUUCAAGAGAGUAUUUGAGAUCAUUGAUACUCGAUGGAAUGAUCAAUUGCACAAACCGUUACAUGCUGCGGGUCAUUACUUGAACCCAGAAGUUUUUUAUGCCAAUGUGAAAGGUAUUUAUGAAUGUUCGGAGGUCAUGGAUGGUAUGGUUGCAUGUAUUGAGAAGUUGGUCCCCGACCAAAGCAUUCAAGACAAAAUCAUAAAGGAAGAAAUGCCCAAAUAUAAGAAGGUUGUCUCCUGUUUUUCACGUCCUUUGGCUAUUCGAAACAGAACUCAAAUGGCACCAGCUGAAUGGUGGAAUACUUUUGGAUCUGACGCACCAAAUUUGCGAAGUUUUGCAAUUAGAGUAUUGAGCUUAACUUGCAGUGCUACCGGCUGUGAAAGAAAUUGGAAUGUUUUUUCACAUAUCCAUAGUAAAAAGAGGAAUCGUCUAGCACAACAACGAUUGAACGAUUUGGUAUUUGUGAAAUAUAAUAGAGCGCUCGAACGAAGAUUCAAGAUUAGUGACACCACCGAUCCUAUUCUAUUGAGUGAUAUUGAUGAAAGUAACGAAUGGUUACUUGGUAGGAUGCAGGAUGAGGAUAAUGAUUUUGAUGAUUUGGUGUUUGAUGAUGAUGAUCUUCGUUGGACGGAUGUUGGUAGAGCUUCUGGAGCGUCGGAAACAGUGUACCAUACUAAAGGUAGCACAAGCACAAGAGAACAAGCCUCAAGCUCUAUGCGUUCUUAUACUCUUGUGGAUAAUGAAGAUGACAGUGAAGAUAUUAACUUGGUUGUAUCCGAUGAAGGAGAAGAGGACUUACCUAUGAGUGAUGAUGAUAUUAUUUAGUUAAUUAUUUUAUGUUUUGCAAC